AUGGCUCUCCCCCGUACGACGACUUCGCAACCGCAGAGCCAAGAAGCCCCGACGACGCAAGCACCGACAACGGAGCAGCAGCAGCCUCAGACCACGCUUAUCCCGACGACCAUCAUCAUCACGCCCACGGAGGCUGGAGGCAAGACCAGCACCGUCUUCGCCGUCAUCACCCAGACCCAGGCCGUGACCCAAUCCCCAACCACCGCCAGCUCGUCCGCAUCUGCCACGUCCUCGGGCGGUGCCAUCAACUCCGGCGGCAGCUCCAAGGGCGGCCUCGGCAACGGCGGCACCAUUGCUGUUGCCGUCGUCGUGCCCAUCGCCGCCGUCGCCCUGCUCAUCCUGGCCGGCCUGUACUUCUGGAGGAAGAGGAAGCAGCGUAAGGAUGCCGAGGAGGAGCGUCGUAAGGAGGUUGAAGACUAUGCCUACAACCCCAAUGCCGAUCCCACCAUUCCGUCCCUCAACGAUGGCGGUUCGUACGAGAUGAAGGAGGACGCCGCUUCGUCUGGAUACCGUGGCUGGGGAUCCACUACUCUUGCCGGAUCGACCGGGCGCAAGGCGUCCACGACCAUGUCCGGUGGCAACACAGGUGCGACCUACUCCGACACCACUCCACCAACCCGCGAAACUGACACCCAUUCAGGAGAGCCCUUGAUCAAUGACGGCUCGUACUCCCCCGAUGGCGAGAUCCUCGGCGCCAUGGGUCCUUCGGCGGCCUUGAACCGCGGAGCCGGUGUCCAGCGUGGACCCUCCAACGCCUCGUCGUCGUACAGCGCCGGCAACCACUCGGACACCUCUGACGGCAUCGGCAUGGCGUACAGCGGUAGCACCAGCGCCGGCAACGGCAAUGGGUACUACGACCAGUAUGCCAACAACCCGUACUCCGAGGGCCCCUACGAUCAACGCGCCAACGAACUUCCCGGCCAGCCCGUCAUCCGCGACAACCCAGCCCGGCGCAACACCCGGAUUGAGAACCCCUCCCACUACCCCCAACAGCAGAACGCGGGCAUCUCACAGAACUUUUAA